GAUUAGCAGCAGUCUGAAGAUGGUUCCAGAUUGUGUGGAUCCUAAAACAAGUUCUUGAACUGGGCCACGAUAUGCUGAUAUGUUUGUCCGAGGCAAACACAGACCAGAGACGCUGGCUAAGGUCAAUCCGCUGACGUUUCAAGAGCAUAGACCAUUGGUAACAUGGUAAACGUGGUAAGUAGAUUGGCAAACAUGAUGUAACUAUCCGCAGAUCCAGCUAAAGAUGUGAGCACACCAAGCGCCAGUCGCGGACUCUGUUUGCGCACCCACUCCAGACCAGCCAGACCAGCCAGACCAGACCAAAACCCAUCCCAAAAGUCUAACAAAAUGUUGGAUGAAUGAAAGUACGAGUAUAUUUGGGCAGAGUUGGGCCCGCAAUGUUGACACGAGAAAUUAGCAGCUCUCCGCACGAGCCCAAGACCAAGACCAGACCACCAGCAGCACCCGACCAGCAGACCAUCCGAUGAGCAGACCAGAAGUCUGUAUAUAAACCUAGUUGUCAUGGCACUUGGAAUUAAGUACCAGCCCAGCAUCUAUCACAGCAAGAAGAUGAAUUUCCUCAGCCUCAGUCUCGCCCUCAUCGUGGUCGUCAGUGCCGUGAGCAGCAGUUGGAGCCUUCCCGUCGAGUUGGAGCCCAGCGCCAUCAGCCUGCUGGAUCUGGAGGCAGAACAGCAGCCGCUGGGGGAUGAGCCAGCGGGCGAACGUGUGGCCCGUGGACUGGGCGGCUUUGGAGGAGGUGGAGGAUUCGGCAGCAAGUUUGGCGGCCUGGGUGGACUCAAAGGAGGAUUUGGCGGAGGACUGGGACACGGCUUUGGUGGCGGAUUCGGUGGGCACGGUUUUGGCGGCGGCUUCGGCAGCUUCAAGGGACUGUUUGACAAGAAGUUCCGAUAAUCAAGAUGUCCUGCACUGAGAGAAAUAUAUCGCAUAGUAGCAUUAAGCACACUCAUAUUUAAAUUAAAUAUGCGGUUUUUACAUACAAACAAAUUGA